ACACGGACGCUAAAGACGGUUCGGAGAAAAACGAAAGCGAAAGAGAAGGAUAGACGCUAACAGAAACCUAAGCGCCGCUGGAGGGCUUGCACGACUGUAGGGGUGUGCCGUGCGCGCGUCGUCGCUGUCUCUUUUCCUCUCUCUCGGCCACUGCCGGCGGUUGGUAUGGCCUCCUCCUCCUCCAUUAUAGCACUGAAGACUCGCAGCAAGAAGAACAAGAAGAGAGAGAAAUACAGUUUGUCAGAACUCAAAACCCUAGGCCACCAAUUGCUUUCCUCGAAGGAACACAUCAACAACCUUUGUCCCCUCCUCACCUUUGUCUCCCCUACCUCUCCCACUCAGUACGCGCUCGAAGCUCUCGUCCCACUUCACUCCUUCUUCAUGGCUCUCCUCCCCCGACUUCCUGCUUCUUCCACCGCCAAUUCCGCUGCCCUGCAUGACCCCGAUUUCAUCUACCGCACUUGGAUCCGCUCCAAGUUUGAUGACUUUGUCAAUUCACUAAUCGCUAUUUCUGUGUCUCCCCAAUCCCAGGAAGAAGCUCUAAGAGAAGUGGUGCUUGAUACGAUAAUGGAGCUUGUGAAGGUCGGAAAUGGGGGAAGGUUUCAUUCCGCCAUAUACCACAGGUUUCUCCACUCCAUUGUGCACUCGUCUACAGGGAUUGAUGUGUUGUUAGAUUUUCUUGAAUCCAAGUUUUUCAAGUACAUUGACGUCCGAUAUUUUACCUACAUCACUCUGGAAAAGCUGGCUCGAACUCUGGAGAUAAAAGACAUCUCUGAGAAUGGUGAUGGAAACAGUCAUUCAAGAGAAAGCAUAGAGAUCUGUAUUCGGAAGAUACUUCAUCUUUUAUCACGUAUCCCUGCUCCCAAAGGUAUCAACGAGAAUGCUGGUUGUGAGACAUGGAACGGAUUAGGGGUUUUCAUUAAAGAUGGUAAUCGUGAAGAACAUUCUGAACAGGAAAAAGCAGAGGACAAGUCCAGCAACAAUACACUCUCUGCUGCCAAUGUUGCAAAAAAGAUAAAAGUGAAGUUUACUAAAGCCUGGAUAUCGUUUCUUCGGUUACCGCUUCCUCUUGAUGUGUACAAGGAGGUUCUUCUCACUCUUCAUCUGUCAGUGAUUCCUCAUUUGUCGAAUCCUAUCCUAUUAUGUGAUUUUCUGACAAGUUCUUAUGACAUCGGAGGUGUUACCAGUGUCAUGGCUCUUAGCAGCCUGUACAUCCUUAUGACACAGCACGGACUAGACUAUCCGAACUUUUAUGAAAAGCUUUAUGCACUGCUGGUACCCUCUAUUUUCAUGGCAAGGCACCGGGCAAAAUUUUUUGAGCUUCUUGAUACAUGCUUGAGAUCACCACUUCUUCCUGCAUAUUUGGCUGCUGCUUUUGCCAAGAAACUGAGCAGGCUGUCGCUCUCAGUCCCUCCCUCCGGAGCAUCGAUCAUUGUAGCACUAAUUCACAACCUUUUACGGAGACAUCCUUCCAUCAACUGUUUGGUCCACUGGGAGGAUGGUGAUCCAACUGCUAGGGCUGAUGCAAGAGACGCAAAAGAUAGUGAAAGGGAAAAGUCCUCUACGAGCCUAGAAGUGUCUGCCAAAGAACAAGGCAUUGAUCAUUUUAACAUUACAGAAGUCAAUCCUAUUAAAGCAAAUGCAAUGAAAAGUUCACUUUGGGAGAUUGAUACUCUUCAUCACCAUUACUGCCCGUUUGUUUCAAGAUUUGUGAUAUCGCUUGAGGAUGACUUGACAGUAAGAAGCAAAACAACUGAAUUUGCAGUUAAAGAUUUCACUUCUGGUUCCUAUGCAACCAUAUUUAGAGAGGAGAUAAGUCGGAGGGUAAAACAAGUUCCACUUGCAUUCUACAAGGCAACUCCCACUUCUUUGUUCUCCGAGUUGGAUUUUGUGGGAUGGACUUUCAAAUAUGAACAAAAUGAGGAAUCCAUUAUUACUAAUACAGAUGAUUAUAGUAAGAACAUCAAGGUAUCUGAAGAGCACGAGCAUGGUUGUGCCAAGAAACCUCGAAUAGAGUGCUCAUGAUGAAACUAUCUUUCCAUCAGGUAUUGAUCAAAUUUUAUUUUAUGAAGAAUGGAAGGAUUUUACCCCCGUUUUUACCGUGUCUCGUGUUUGUGCGGUUUCUUGCUGAACCGUUUGAUGAAAGAAUUUUGCAGUCGACUUUAUUGAGGAGUCUUCUUUUGUUGUCACUGUUGAACUUGCUUUUUAUUGUCUCUUUUUUUUUUUUUUUUUUUUUUAGGAUCGAUUGUUUUUAUUGUUUUAAAAAGCCAAAUUUAUCAUUUAAUAUAGGCAUUAUUCUUUCA